AUGGCUAGUCAGUUGAUCUCCCCGUUUCUGGUCCACAGGGCCCCUGUCCUGGCGAUCCUUGUGUUCGCAGCCAUUGCGAUUGGAAUAUGGGUCCGUCGUGAUCGCCGGCUGGAUAAAAUGCCGGGACCCAAGGGGUGGCCUCUGGUUGGUAUUGGGCUUGGACUGCCAAAACAGAGUGCCUUCAUGCACAGGUGGGGCCUCGAGUAUGGCGAGGUGUUCAAGCUCCGGGUGGGCUGGUACAACUGGGUUGUCAUCAACAGCCCAGAGGCUAUGAAGGAGAUCAUGGACAAACAGGUGCUGUCUACGCCAAUGACUGCCUCGUUCAUCCCGGUUCAGGAAUUCGAAGCAAAGCAGCUUCUUUACGAUAUCGCCUUCGACAACAAAAACCAGCGCGACUUCUACUGGCAUGUCCGUCGCUUUUCCUUCAGCAUUCACAUGACUGCAACUUAUGGCCGUCGUGUGGAUAGCUGGCAGCACGAGGACGUCAAACAGGCCAACAAGACAUCACAGAUCCUGGGCCAGGUGUCCAAGCCGGGUUCAUUCCUGGUGGACGAGCUGCCGUUCCUGGCGAACCUGCCAGCGUUCUUGCAGCCCGGCCGAAGGCGCGCCGCGACCUACACCAAACCAAUCCUCGACGCCAGACUGCGACUGUGGAACCGUUUGAAAAAGGAGCUUGAGGCCGGCCACGCGCCCAAGUGUGUCGGCCGCGAGCUGCUGGAGAACGAGUCCUUCUGGAAGGGCCAGGGCCUAGCUGAAGUAGACGCUGCGUGGAACAUCAGCGGCCUGGCCGAGGCAGGGUCCGAGACAUCUUUCGUCACCAUGAACAACCUGAUCCUCCACCUGGCUGCUUCGCCGGACUCGCAGAGGCGUGCCUUCGACGAGCUGAUGCGCGUUGUCGGGCCGGACCGGACUCCGGCCUUCGAGGACGUGCAGAACCUGCCCUACAUCCGCGCUUGCGUUAAAGAAAUGCUUCGGCUGCGGCCCGUUCCCAUCUGGGGCACCAAGCACUUUACCGACGCGGAUGUGAAGUACAAGAAUUACGUGAUUCCCAAGGGGACCGUUCUUCUCGCCAAUACCUCUUUUCUGGGUCAGGACCCGCAGCGCUACGACGAACCGUUUACCUUCCGGCCGGAGCGUUUCUUGAAUUAUCCCAAGUACAGCGCGGAAUACGCGGCUGGGGACCCCUACAAGCGUGACCAUUUUGCAUUCGGCGCCGGAAGACGCAUCUGUCCCGGUGCAAAACUCGGCGAGAACACGCUGGACAUCGGGCUGAUGAACCUCCUGUGGGCGUUCGAGGUGCGCCCGCCAUUGAUGGAAGACGGGACGGAGGCGACGACCAUGAACAUGGACUUUGACUCGGCCUUCCAGCCGACUGCUUUUGCGGCGCCAAAGCCGUUUGCGGCGAGGUUUGUGCCACGCAGCGAAAAGGCGUUGCGCAUGGUGCAGGAGCAGUGGGAGAGAGGGCUGAGGGAAGGCUACAUGCUUGGCAAAAAUCAUGUCACUGCUUCUGGGGUGGAUCACUGA